UCGACCUUUCACUUGAGAGAUUUAGGGAUGGUUUAUAGCUAGUAGUGAGAUCACUGAGAUGGGCAUGUUUCAAAACCUAGUCUUGCUGCUUCUUUCAUGCCUCAGUCUAGACACUAGAGUUCAUAUUAUUGUCUUAGCUAUUGAGAAAGAGAUGAGUGAUGAAUCGGGGAAAGCGAGUAAAGAAGAUGAAGAAGAAUAUGUUCUGAUAGAUCUUGACGAUGUUUCGAGGCACAUUGACAUCCCUUCAGACGCUCCUUAUACUCUCUCAGGUUUGGAUACUUUGAAUCCCAUAUUGACCAUUGAUGGGAAAAUCAAGCUGGUUGGAGAAUACUUGGAGACAAUUGGUACAUGUCUUGCUUUCUCUGAUAAGGGUAAUGUUCAUCUUCCAUCACAAACUUGGCUCUAAAAGAAACAUAAGAUCCAGCAGCUGACAACCUGACACCACACAAGACCGUUGAACCUGUUGCCAAGCUCCACAAGAUUCUUAUGUUUAGGUUAGCACUAGAUAAUGACGAUGGAGCAACCACCUUGUAAAAUAAACAUCUUUCCAGUUUAUAUAACGUUAUGCUAAGUGAAAAAAAGAGUGUAUUUGUGUUUUCUAUUGAACUUAUCGAAUGUAAUUUAACCAAACAAAAGCGACAUGUGUUAGUUUCUUAAGAA